AUGAAAUCGAUUGAUAAGCAAGUUGAGGUCUAUCAGCAGCCCCUGCAGGCGAUAUGCGGGGGAUCAACAGCUGUGUGUGAACGAAAAAGCGUACUCGAUGACGAGAUUUAUUCCUCGGUUGAUAGAUAUCCGACAUCCAAGCUGGUGGGGCAGUUCUUUAUCCAUGAGCUCGCUAAGCGCGUGCCUCCUGAGGUGGUUGUGGUGAAUGAGUGGAAUCCGGGUCUGUGCAAGUCUGGCCCGGUUUGUUACUCUAGCGAGGAAGCCUGCUGUGGACGCGCGCGCGAUCUCACUGGUGCGACUGUGAAGCAUGGUGCUGAGAGCCAUGGGAGGAGAUGA